UUUGCGGGUUUAGCAAGACUAAAAAAAUUCAAGAUGAAAGUUUUAUUAAUUGUGAUCGGUGUGGUUGGCUUAAGCUUGGCAGCUUUGGAUAUUCCAGACCAUUUGAGAGCGCCAUUGAAGGUUAUGCGAAAAGCAUGCCUUGCCGAAUCGGGAGUGGACGAAAACUAUGUAAAUCAAAGUCGAGACGGUAAUCUACCCGACGUUCCCAAGCUUGGAUGCUAUAUUCUUUGCUUAUUAGAACAUUGCAAGAUGAUUGAAGAUGACGGAACUAUACAUUUUAAUGAUGUAAUGCAUUUAUUGUUGCCAAGUACAGCCGAGACUGUCAGAUAUGUUACUAAAGAGUGCAGCACAAUAUACGGAGCCACGAGAUGCGACACGGCAUGGUUGACAUUUAAAUGCUAUUACGAAAAAGCUCCAGAAGGUGCCGAAUUGCCAUAACUUCAACAAAAUAAAUCUUCC